AUGUUAUUUGUGUUUCUCAUCUGUGUUGCGUCCGCAGUCGAUUAUACUCAGUUUGACAAUUUGCGGAUAUACCAAGUGAUGGUUUCGUCUUUUCAAAAUGGAGACCCGAAGACGGGAUAUGGUAUCGGGUAUGGUCCGUCGGCACACAAAGGGGAUUUGCGUGGGAUUAUCAAGGCAAUUCCUUAUAUCAAAUCUCUAGGCAUGAACACGUUAUGGAUGACUCCAAUCUUUAAUUCGAAUGGAAACAGUCUUCUAGACUCUACCGGGUAUUUUUGUUAUGAUUACUUCAACAUUGAUCCAAAGUUUGGUACCAUUUCUGACUUUCAAGAACUUGUCACUACGGCACACUCCAAUGGUCUUUAUGUCAUUUUAGAUGGUGUUUUUGGCCAUCAUAAAGACGGUGCCGUCGCUAAAUCUCCUUCAGGAAAACUUCCCCAAGGUGGAAGUAAUCCCGUGAGUUACCCGGGUUCUCUCGAGUUCUAUCAAGAAGUUGCCAAGUUUUGGAUAGAGAAGUAUGAAAUAGAUGGGUGGAGACUCGACCAAGCCUAUCAAGUAUCGACAAAGAACCAGAACAGUAAUUACUGGGUUCAAAUAAGGAAAGUCGUCGAAGACACUUGCAACGCGCGAAAGAAGGCUGGGAAGAAAUUUGGGAUCUUAGGGUAUAUGGUAGGAGAGAUCUGGGACAAUGCUGCGAAUAUAGUGAAGUAUGGAUAUACCGGAACGAGUGGGAAGGGUCUUUUGAGUUGUUUUGAUUUCCCCUCCCGAUAUGCACUUGUCGAGACUUUCGCGAUGUCGGAGACGGGAGCAAGCACACAGUCUGCGGGGCGUCUAGCUGACAUCUACAAAAUGAAUUACCCUUCAGAUUUCCAUCCCAAUUUAUUCAUUAGUAACCAUGACGUCUGGCGAUUUGGCAAUUUGAUUCGUCGCAAGUUUGGUAUCACACGACAAAGUACUGAAUAUUGGCUCCGCCAUAAAGCCAUAUUUGGUGUAUUAGCUUCGUAUUCGGGACCAAUUACAAUCUACUACGGUGACGAAGUUGGAGACUUAGUUGGUUGUUACACAAAGAGUGGGGAUUGUAAUGGCGCUUACGAUGAUAACAUGGCGCGUACAGAUGGUCACAUCACAGGGUUCAAUAAAGAUGAACAGGACUUACACGACUAUGUCGCCAAACUUAUGAAACUCCGUGCAGCGAAUCCAGCAUUAUACAAAGGAAGUCGACAAAGCCAAGACAUCUCUGGAACACUUUAUAAGCUGAAUAAAGUGUCUGGUAACAAUAAGAUCCAAGUCUUGAUCAAUACCAACAAUUUUAGUUUCAAGACAGAUUGUUCCCUUGGUACUGAUUUGGUCUCUGGAAAGAAGAUCACAAACAAACUGUGCGAGCUCCCACCUUUUGCAGUUCUUUACAUCAAACAAUGA